AUGUCGGUGUACAUCUCCUCAAAUGCUUUAUCACAAGAACAGAUCACUGAGUAUAAAGGUGUUUUUGAAAUGUUUGAUGAGGAAGGAAAUGGAACAGUGAAGACACAGGAGCUGGAGCGACUGAUGAACUUUAUGGGAAUCAAUCCCACCAAGAGAGAGCUCCUUCAGAUGGCCAAAGAUGUGGAUAAAGAUGGCAAAGGUACUUUUAACCGUGAGAGCUUCCUGGGUUUGAUGGCAUUGGUCCACGAAAGCGCGAAGGGCCAAGAUGCUGUGCAACGAGCUGCUUUCAAGGUGUUUGACGAAGAGGCCAAGGGAUAUAUUGAGUGGAAUACCCUGAAUUUCUGCCUGGAGAGUGUGUUCUGGUGUGCUCAAUGCAUUCCCAAUGCUUCAGCAGACCUCAGUCCAGAGAGAGACAACCAGUGGCUGUUAUGACACACAUGAGAGACUGA